AUGGAUAUCAAUACUAGCACUUUUCUUCAUACAGAUAAAAGCCUAAGCCCCUCUAGUGGUGCUGCUCACAGACUUCCCUUGCAGGGUGCAGCAGGAGUUCAAGCCCAAGAUGGUGAACAACAAACAAAGUAUAUUUCUCCAUCUAUCCUGCAGCGACAAAAACCUUUCAAAUCCCAAGAAGUGACAAUCAUUCCACCUUUUCAAAACACGCUGAGAGUAAAGGCUGGCAACCCCUCUCACAAUGGCCGUGUGUGCAGCACAUGGGGUAACUUCCACUUCAAAACCUUUGAUGGGGACAUCUUUUACUUCCCUGGAGUCUGCAAUUACAUCUUUGCAUCCAACUGCAAGUCUUCCUAUGAGGACUUCAACAUCCAGAUUAGGCGUACAAUGGCGGAAAAUGCUACCGUGAUCACUCAUGUCAUCAUGAAGCUGGAAGGAGCAGUGAUUGAACUGACCCGUGGCUCUGUCCGGCUAGACAACAAAUUGGUUCAGAUGCCCUACAGCCAUAUGGGAGUCUUGAUAGAGAGAAGUAACAACUAUCUGAAAGUUUCUGCCAAGUUAGGACUGACCUUCCUUUGGAAUGAACAGGAUGCCCUCCUGGUGGAACUAGAUAAGAAAUAUGCCAAUCAGACUUGUGGACUUUGUGGGGACUUCAAUGGAAUUCCAGUUAACGACGAAUUUAUUUCAGGGAAGACAAAACUAACUCCCAUACAGUUUGGUAAUAGACAGAAAAUGGAUGGACCCACAGAGCAGUGUGAUGAUCCUAUUCCUUCUACUGUUCAGAUGAACUGCUCAACAGAAUUUGCUUCUAUCUGUGAGACAGUAUUAACCAGCAAAGCAUUUACGAGUUGCAACAUGCUUGUCAAUGUUCAGGACUACAUCGAAACUUGCAUACAAGACCUAUGCCACUGCGAUAGUUCUAUGGCUGACUUCUGUAUGUGUAACACUUUUGCUGAAUACUCCCGGCAGUGUGCUCAUGCAGGUGGACAGCCUCUGAACUGGAGAACCUCACAACUGUGUCCCAAAUCAUGUCCGUUCAACAUGCAAUACCACGAGUGUGGCUCUCCCUGCUCUGACACGUGCAGCAACCCGGAACGAUCUGCACUUUGUGAAGACCAUUGUACAGAUGGCUGCGUCUGUCCUCCAGGAAUGGUGUUUGAUGACGUUAAUGGUGCUGGCUGCAUUCCCCGUAGAGAAUGCCACUGUACCUAUGAAGGUGAAACUUAUGCUCCUGGUGCCUCCUUCUCAUCUAAAUGCAGAUCAUGUACCUGUGCUGGAGGUGAAUGGUCUUGUGUCACUCAGUCAUGCCCUGGAACUUGCAGUAUUGAAGGAGGCUCCCACAUUUCAACAUUUGAUGAGAAACAUUACUCUUUCUUCGGAGACUGUAGCUAUGUCCUAACCAAGCUGUGUGACAGCAAUGAAUUCACAGUUCUGGGAGACAUCCACAAGUGUGGCCUGACUGAAACUGAGACGUGCCUCAAGGGUAUAGCCAUCAGCCUGAGUGGAGGACAAACUAACAUUGUGAUCCAAGCUUCUGGUAGUGUAUUUGUGAAUAUGAUCUACACACAGCUGCCAUUCUCAGCAGCAAAUGUCACCAUCUUCAGACCUUCAUCUUUCUUCAUCAUUCUGCAAACAACCUUUGGUCUUCAGCUACAGGUUCAACUUGUGCCUUUCAUGCAACUUUUUAUAGACUUAGACCCCUCACAUAAAGGGCAGACCUGUGGUCUCUGUGGAAACUUCAAUGACAUGCAGACAGAUGAUUUCAAAACCACCAGUGGUGUAAUAGAGGGUACCUCAGCUGCCUUUGGCAAUACUUGGAAAACUCGGGCUGAUUGUUCUGAUGCCAAAAAUACCUUUGAGAACCCCUGUACUGUCAGCAUACAAAACGACCAGUAUGCUCAGCACUGGUGCGGACUGCUCUCUGAUACUAUGGGACCUUUUGCUGAAUGUCACUCAACAGUGAAUCCAGAAGUUUACCAGAAGAACUGCAUGUUUGACACAUGUAACUGUGAGAAGAGUGAGGACUGCAUGUGUGCUGCCCUUUCAAGCUAUGUCAGAGCCUGUGCUGCUAAAGGAGUUCUCCUCCCUGGAUGGAGAAGUAAAGCCUGCACAAAAUACACCACCUUGUGUCCGAAAUCUUUGGAGUACACUUACAAUGUCGAUACCUGUCAACCCACCUGCCGGUCUCUGAGUGAGCCUGAUGUCACAUGCAGCAUUAAGUUUGUCCCAGUUGAUGGCUGCACCUGCAUAAAUGGAACAUACAUGGAUGAAACUGGCAAAUGUGUGCCUGCAUCUAGCUGUCCUUGUUACUACAAAGGAAUGCCUCUGUCUUCUGGAGAAGUUAUUCAUGAUAAUGGUGUUGUCUGCACUUGCACCUAUGGAAAGCUGAGCUGCAUUGGAGAGAAACCUGAACCAGUCUGUGUACCUCCCAUGGUUUAUAUCGACUGUGGUAACGCCACUGCAGAUGUGGUAGGAGCGGGAUGCCAAAAGAGCUGUCAGACUCUAGAUAUGGAAUGUUACAGAACUCACUGUGUCUCUGGGUGUGUAUGUCCUCAUGAUCAAGUGUUAGAUGGCAAAGGAGGCUGUAUAGCUCCAGAAGACUGUCCAUGUAUUCACAAUGGGAAUUCCUACAAUCCAGGAGAAUCAAUCAGAGUUGGCUGUAACAACUGCACAUGUAGAAACAGAAAAUGGCAUUGCUCUGAGGAACCCUGCCUGGAAACAUGUUCUGUUUAUGGAGAUGGGCAUUAUACCACCUUUGAUGGCAAACGUUUUGAUUUUGAAGGAGACUGUGAAUAUGUUCUGGUCCAGAACUAUUGUGGUCAACAAGCUAUGAAUCAGGGAACCUUCAGAGUCAUCACUGAGAACAUUCCAUGUGGCACUACAGGAACCACCUGCUCUAAGUCUAUUAAAGUUUUCUUGGGGAACUAUGAGCUGGUACUCAGUGAUGGACACUCUGAUGUCAUCCAGAGGACACCUGGAGGAAAAAUGCCAUUCCAAAUCCGUUCCAUGGGUAUCUACCUGGUAGUUGACACCACUGCUGGUCUGAUACUCAUGUGGGACAAGAAGACCAGUAUAUUCAUCAAACUUAGUCCCAGCUUUCAGGGACAUGUUUGUGGACUUUGUGGAAACUACGAUGGCAAUGGAAAUAAUGACUUCACUACUCGCAGUCAGUCUGUGGUAGGAAAUGUGCUGGAGUUUGCCAAUAGCUGGAAAGUGUCUUCUAGUUGCCCAAAUGCCAAUCGUACGAAGGAUCCAUGUACUGCAAACCCAUACAGGAAAGCCUGGGCACAGAAGCAAUGCAGCAUCAUUACCAGUGAAGUGUUUGCAAAGUGUCACUCCCAGGUUGAACCAAACGAAUAUUAUCAAGCAUGUGUGGAUGAUGCUUGUGCCUGCGACACUGGAGGAGACUGUGAAUGUUUCUGUACAGCAGUAGCUGCCUAUGCUCAAGCAUGCAAUGAGCUGGACAUUUGCAUUUCAUGGAGAACCCCAUCCAUAUGUCCUCUGUUCUGUGAUUACUACAAUCCACAAGGGGAAUGUGAGUGGCACUACAAACCAUGUGGAGCCCCUUGUAUGAAGACCUGCAACAAUCCAAGUGGGAACUGCCUACAUGAGAUGAGAGGUUUGGAAGGCUGCUAUCCACACUGUCCAAAAAAUAAGCCCUAUUUUGAUGAAGAAACCAUGACCUGUGUUUCUAAUUGUGGUUGUUAUGAAAAUGGGAAAAAUUAUAAACCAGGAAUGGAGAUGCCUCCAAAGCAGAAUUGUGAAUCAUGUGAAUGUACAAUUCAUGGCAAAGAAUGCAGAUAUGAUGAACACGAAUGUGUCUGUUUCUAUGAGGGACAGAAAUAUAACUACCAAGAUGUGGUCUACAACACUACAGAUGGAACAGGAGGGUGUAUUGUUGCAAUCUGUGGUCCCAAUGGAACACUUGAAAGGAUUAUCUAUGAGUGUCCAAUCUCAACAUCACCCACAACAGCAACAACAUUUCAUUUCAGCACUACACCACCUGCCAGUACUUCCACAGUGUCACCAACCACAUCAGUAUGUGUUCAUGAAGUCUGUGAGUGGUCAGAAUGGUAUGAUGGCAGUCUGCCAACCCCUGGCUAUGACGGUGGAGAUUUCGAAACCUUCAAUGAUUUAAGAGCUCAAGGUUAUGAAGUUUGUAAAGCUCCACGGGAUGUUCAAUGCAGAGCAGAAAAAUUCCCAGAUAUACCACUGAAAGACCUUGGCCAAAAAGUAGAAUGCAGUACAACAGAUGGGCUUAUAUGUUACAACAAAGACCAAAUUUCAACAAUGUGCAACAAUUAUGAGAUCAGAGUCCUAUGCUGUGUUUUUGUACCAUGCUCUUCUUCAACAUAUCCAGUCUCUACAACUUCUGAAAGUACAACAUUGAUACAUUCAACAUCUGAAGAAACAACAACCACAACCAUAAUGACAACACCGGUCACCACCUUUCCUUCAAAACCUUCUCUUUGCUUUAAAGAAGAAUGUUACUGGUCCAGAUGGUAUGAUGUCAGUUAUCCAGGGUCUGGUUAUGAUGAUGGAGAUUUUGACACCAUUCAGAACAUUAAAAAAAAAGGAUACAAAGUCUGUGCUAACAGAAGGGAUGUGGAAUGCAGAGCAGUGAGGUUUCCUAACACACCAUAUCCUCUCCUGGAACAAAAAAUCCUGUGCAAUACAGAAGAAGGCUUGAAAUGUUACAAUAAAGACCAACUGCCGCCCAUUUGCUAUAAUUAUGAACUAAGAUUUAAAUGCUGUGAAAAUAUAACAGUACCAUGCCAAACAACCACUGAAAGUAUUAGUACUGCAAAAACAACAGAACCAAGUACACUUUCUUCAACACGAUUCAGUACAACAUCGACAGAAGUAUCACCAACUCCACACCUGAUAACAAAACACAAAACGACACCAGCAGAAACAUAUCAACCACAAACAGAUUACAUUAUUACCAAAAUUACAGCAAAACAAACAACACAAACUCAAAAAGAAACACCUACUGCCACAACCACAACAACCUUCACAAUGACAACUACAACACCAACUGGACCCCAGACUACCACCACAACCACGGACCAGACUGGAAAAUUCAAGAUGUGCCUCAACUACAGGAUACGUGUCCUCUGCUGCACCCCGAACUACAACUGCGUAAGCCCCAUCACCAUGCCCACCACCACUAUUACCAGAAGUGAACCUUUCUGGACCAGGACUCCAUCUCCAAUUUUAACAACGCCAUGUUUCUGCAAGAUUGGUGACUCUGUUUUUUCACCUGGUGAUCUGAUUUACAACAGAAUGGAUAGUGAUGGAUGUAGAUUUUAUGCCAUCUGUAGCCCAGUAUGUACUAUUGAACGACACAGUGUACCUUGUAAUGUCACUACUCCUUUAUCCACUACUUCCUCUGAGUGGUCUACCACAACAACAUCAGUUCCUCUGUCAACCACUACGAAAAGUUUUCAUUUUCAUGGCUGUAUUUCUAGUACAUACCCUCCCCUACAGCCUGGAGAACAUUUCAAAUUAUCCAACUGUACAGAAGUCAUCUGUAAUGGAGACAAUGAUAUAGACGUAGUACCAACAUACUGCCCACCUGUAAAGGAAAUUACCUGUGCAAACAAAUAUCCUGCAGUCCUAGUACCUGAUGAAAAUGGCUGCUGUUACCGAUAUGAGUGUCCAUGUGUGUGUAGUGGAUGGGGUGACCCUCAUUACAUCACAUUCGAUGGAAUCUACUAUACCUUCCUUGAAAACUGCACUUACGUCCUGGUGAAACAGAUUAUUCCUAAAUAUGACAACUUCCGUGUUUACAUUGACAAUUAUUACUGCGAUGCAAAAGACGGACUCUCCUGCCCUAAAUCCAUUCUUAUUUUCUACAAAUCUGCAGAAGUGGUGUUGACUCGGGAACUCAUGAAUGGUGUCAUGACCAAUGUGAUGUACUUCAACAAAAAGAUUGUCAAACCAGGCUUCGAAAAAGAUGGCAUUUCUUUCUCCACUCUCGGCAUCAAUAUGAUUGUUGAAAUAAAAGAGAUUGGUGCAACUAUCACCUUUAGUGGUCUGAUCUUCUCUGUGAAACUCCCAUACAGCAAAUUUGGCAACAACACCGAAGGACAGUGUGGAACAUGUACAAAUAACAAAGCAGAUGAAUGCCGUUUACCAAGUGGUAAGAUCAUUUCUUCCUGUCCCCAAAUGGCUCAUCACUGGAUUGUUGACGACAACAAGACGUGUCAUGGAGUACCAAUAGUACCAACUAUAACCACACCUCCACCAAAGCCUCAUUGUGAAACACCUCCUCUCUGCAAGCUUAUCUUGAGCGAGAUUUUUGCAGAAUGUCAUGCUGUGAUACCACCAGAACCAUUUUUCAAAGGCUGUGUUUUCGAUGGUUGUCGCAUAGAUGAUGAAUCCAUGCAGUGUUCCAGUUUGGAGAUAUAUGCUACAGAGUGUGCGUCUAGAGGUGUCUGCAUUGACUGGAGAGGAAAGACCAACAAUACAUGCUCAUUCAGCUGUCCAGCAAGCUUGAUAUACAAGCCAUGUGGGCCCAUUAAUCCUGAUACCUGUGAUCAAAGCUCUGUUGAGCAUCCUGGCUUUGGAAUAACUGAAGGCUGUUUCUGUCCUGAAGGAACGACACUCCUGCGUGCAGAGAGCAAUAUCUGUGUCCCUGAAUGUUCUUGCAGGGAACCAAAUGGAGUAGCCAGAUGGCCAGGAGAAAAAUGGACAAAAGAUUGCCAGGAAUGUGUCUGUGACAAAAAUACUCUUAAGGUGCACUGUACAAAACACAAAUGUUCUCUGACACAGCAAGUAUUUUGUGAUGAACCAGGUUACGUGCCUGUUCAGAUACAGAUACCAGAAGAUCCAUGCUGUACUAGGACUGAGUGCUACUGCAACACCAGCCUCUGCCCUGAGGCCACACUCCAGUGCUUAGAGGGACAAGAAAUAAUCACAAUAAUGCAGCCUGGAAAAUGCUGUCCUACCUUUGAAUGCAGACAUGGCUGCGUAGUCAAUGAAACUUACUAUGCGCCUGGAGCUGUCAUUCCAUCAGGCCCCUGCGAAGAAUGCACCUGCUCUGAAUCCUCUUACUUAAGGCCUCACCGUGUUACUGUCAAGUGUGAGCCUGUUACCUGUGACACAUACUGCCCACUGGGUUAUAAGUAUACAGAGGAACCAGGACAGUGCUGCGGCACGUGCAAGGCAGAGGCUUGCGUGGUGACUGUGGGACACAACAUUACACACGUGGUCUAUGAAGGAGAAUACUGGAACCCACCAGGUGAUAACUGUACAGUCUACACAUGUGAAAAACAUGCUGACCAGUUCAUUCAAGUCGUCAAACAGACAAGCUGUCCUGCCUUUAACCUUGAUGAAUGUGAUCCAAACGACAUCAAGUUAUCUGACGAUGGUUGCUGUAUAGAGUGCCGAAGAAAACCAAAGCUUUGUAUGAAGCACAAUACUACGGCUGUCAUCAAAUAUAAUGGAUGUGUAUCUCCUGCACCUGUUGAGAUGACCUACUGUGAAGGCAGUUGUGAUGCUUACUCACGAUAUUCUCAGAAGACAAACACAAUGGAACACAAAUGCUCAUGUUGUCAGGAAAUCAAGACCAGCCAAAGAAAGGUGACUCUGACAUGCAGUGACGGAACCUACCUUGAUCACUCAUAUACCUAUGUGGAGAAAUGCAGCUGUGUGACUGCUCAGUGCAUUCCCCAAGACAGCACCCAACAGGAGACAAACCAGACAAAGACCUCUCAGGAACAGGCAAAUGUCAAAAAUUAGAACUGGAGAGAAGUCACCAAACAAGGGCUGGACAUAAGACUAAAAUAAAAAAACUUUGAAAAAAUAUGGAAGUGUCAAGAGCAGCUAAAAUUUUGGAUGAACAGAUGAUAUUUUCUGCAUAAAACCCCAAUAUGUCUUGUCUACAUAAUUUGAGUUUUCAUUACUGAUAUAUCUCCCAUUUUUUCUUUCAUGUCUUUUACCUCCUUGGGAAGUACAGCAUAAGGUCAUCUUGUAAUUUUCUGUUCAUUUGUCUUCUGAGAAGUGCUGUAACAUAAGAUUGAGAGAUGGAUUUUUAAUAACAUUUUCAUUCCAGUUCAUUGAGACAAAUCAAAAGAUAAAUCCAGAAAACAUACAAAACCCAAGGAAAACUGUACCUCUCUGCUUCUUUGUUUCUUUUUGCAUUGAGGAAAACUUAGACUGCAGAAAGCCAUACUUUUUCAAAACCGUAAACUUCAAUAUUUUGGACAAUUUAUGAUGGACAUAUUUCCCUAUAUAUUUUUUGUGAGAAAAAGGAAAAAAAUUCUAUUACGAGAAGCUGCUGCACACUACUUUUUGUUUACAUAACACCAUCAGCAUAGUAACUGUAUGAAAAUAUGGAUUUUUUUUGUUUUGUUUGUGGUUAACUGUUUACAGAAGAAGUAUAUAUAUAUAUUUGCCAACAGGGGCAUAUGAAGGAUUUUUUUAAAACAAAAGUUUAUUAUUAAUAAUAAAAAUAAUAAUAAUAAUAAUAAUUGUAAAUUCUUUCUUAGGAAGCUUGUAAAAGUUGAACCAUUGCUAUUUAUUAUUUUUUUUUUUUGAAAACUGAUUUAUUGGGUCAUUUCUUUCAGAAUUAAUGUUAUCCCAUUUCUUAGCCUCAGCCAUAUUGUCUGGGUAUGGUAUAUUUUCUUCUUUUGUUUUUGAAUAUUGUUUUAUUUUUGUUCCUUAUGGGGGGGAAGCAAUGAUGAUUAAUAAAUU